AUGUCGUCUACACCAGUCACCUUGAAAGCUGUACAAAGCGAAGUAUCUGCACGAAAUGCAAAAUCAUCGGAAGCUGAAGUUAAGCGAUGCGAAGAUCUCAUUCUUUCCUAUGCGAAACAGCUCGCAAAAGAAAAGGACAUCACUGGAAUCCGAACUCUCGUCAAAUCGAUUCAAAACUUCUACGAUCUUGUCGGAAAGGCUAGAGCUAGUAAACUGAUCAGAGACAUUGUUGAGUUUGCUCUCACCGUUGAACAAGGAAAACAAGAGAAGGAAGAGAAGAUUGAUCUUCUGAAAAAUUGCAUCGAAUGGGCUACAUCCAAUAAAAGAGAGUUUCUGCGACGCAGUCUUCAGGCUCGUCUCGUUCGUCUUUAUAACGAUGUUCGUGAAUUCACUGAAGGUCAAAAACUUGGACAAGAACUUUCGAAGGAAUUGAAAAAAUUGGAGGAUCGAGAAUUGCUUAUCGAGGUCUCCAUCGAGGAGAGUAAGUGUGCUUUUAAUCUGAAUAACUUGAGCAAGGCAAAAACUGCACUUCUGACUGCCAAGACUAGUAGCAACUCGGCAUUCGCGUCUCCACAACUACAAGCCGCCGUUGAUAUGCAAUCCGGUGUUUUAUACUCAGCUGAAGAGAGAGACUACAAAACGUCUUUCUCCUACUUCUACGAAGCAUUCGAGGGAUACGGAAGCAUCGGAGACAAGGUCAAUGCAACGGGAGCAUUGAAAUAUAUGAUUCUUUGCAAGAUCAUGCUCAAUGAGACCGAACAAAUUCCGGCGAUGCUAUCCACCAAAGAAGUUCUUCCCUACAACACGAGUCCACGAAUUGUGGCGAUUCGUGCAAUGGCCGAUGCGUUUCGUAAAAGAAGCUUGAAAGAUUUUAUGAAGGCUUUGGAAGAACAUAAAAAGGAGUUGGUUGAGGAUAAAGUCGUCGCCGUGCAUUCUCAAAAUCUCGAGAGGACUAUGCUAGAGAAGGAAAUCUCUCGUGUCAUUGAGCCCUACUCAGAAAUUGAGCUUUCCUACAUAGCCAGAGUCAUCGGAAUGACCGUCCCGCCCACCGAGAAAGCAAUUGCGAGAAUGAUUCUGGACAAGAAACUGAUGGGGAGCAUCGACCAACACGGAGACACCGUCGUCAUCUAUCCGAAGGCUGGAGCCACGAAGCAAUUCACUCGGGCUCUCACAACUAUUCGUGAGCUCACUAAGACCGUGGAUGUGUCCUAUUCCCGUACCAAAGUCAUCAAAUGA